UAAGCACACUGGCGCGCUUUGAACCGAGCAGCUGUCUUCAAUUAUGCUGUGGGUUGGUAAAUGUCAGCGUUUAAAACCGUUUAAACUAACACAACUAACGAACAUUUGCGUUGAGCACGUGGUUUGAAUUUCUUACGUAACGGCCCCAUUAAAGACGCACGUUCUUGUAAUCAUCCUUGGCUGUUGCGCGGAGUUGAUAUUCACAUUUACGACGUUACACGUGCAUGGCCGCGUUUUGGAAGCUAAAACGAAGCAACCCGAAAGCUGCAGAAGUGCAGAAUGAAUAAGCAUCUCUUCCAAAGCCAGCAGAGGAAUGUAGGACAGUAGCCCGAACGCUGAUCAUAGCCAAUGUGGCCCGAAUCUCCGGAGGGGGCCCUUUGAUACGGGAUCUGAGAGCAAGGGCGUAUCAUUAGAACGCAAUUGAAGUCAUACAAAAACCAAUUCCGCGCACGACAGAUGCAGGCAGGCUUGUUCAGACGCGUGCAGGUCGCGCGCAGCAGUACUCGAAAGGACAUCUGUUGAAUGGAUUUCCGUAAUGCGCGCAGUAUAUGAUUGCUUUUUGAUUCUGAAAUGUAGGCUACGCCGUGUAGCUACCACACGCAAUUGUAGACGUGUCAUAUCAACAAGCCAGCAUUACAAAUUUUGAUUGCUCGACGCCUUCCAAAUGAUUAGCGGUGGCAUACUACGGCCCAUCUACCAGAAAACGGUUAAUAAUAAUAAUAAUAAUAAUAAUAAUAAUAAUAAUAAUAAUAAUAACGCAUCCAUUCAUCUGUGCAGCGUUCAUUUCAGAAAUCGAUUCCUCUUGUGCAUAGACUCUUUAACUUUUUAAUAGCAUCUCGUUUCCACGCGGAGCCUGCUAGCACAUCGGCGUGGUUGUCGGAGAACAGUCUCCGCCAGCGGCAGGCUUUCAGCGGUGAUGGACGUAGCGACCGAUACGCAUCAGCUGAUGGCCAGGCAAGAGCCGUAUUUAGGCUAUUCAGAACUGUGUGCUAUUUACGCAUAAGAAGCUUACCUAAUCCCAGAUGCAACAUGCAGCCUUUCAACAAAGUCUAAAUCUGGAUGUACUGCUGAGAUAGAUAGAAAUCAGAAGUCACGCGCGUAAUAAUAAUAGUGGGGAGGGCUGCAAAACCGCCGCUUUUGACAAGUUCCACAUGACACGGGGUUGCGAUACAUCACAAGCGAAAGGAAGCACGGAGUUCGCAUGAGUUGAGGGGGACGGACGGUCGGUCGAAGAGACGACUUCUGUGUGGCGGGAGCACAGCGGCGGGGGUCGCGAGAAGGACCCCCCUCUCUUUCACGUUCAGGCUGCCGACGCUCUUUGCCGCUGCGCGGACUUGAUGGCGAAGAUCAGGGUAUCAUAUGAGUACUCGGAGGCGGAGGAUAAAAGCAUCAGGCUCGGUCUGUUCCUCAUCGUGUGCGGCAUACUGUCCCUCUUCAUCCUCUGCUUCUGCUGGUUGAACCCCACCCUCCAGAACAUGCAGAGCAAGCCGGCGAACUGCACCGUGAUCUCCGUGCGUCGCGUGGACGAGAUGUUUGAGUGCGUCUUCACCUGCGGGGCGGACUGCAAGGGCACUUCGCUGUACCCAUGCCUGCAAGUGUUUGUCAAUAACUCGGAGUCGAACUCCAUAGCUCUCCUGCACUACGAUGAACAGCAACUGGUGCUGAACCCCAAGUGCUCCUACGUUCCGCCCUGCGAGAGGGACAACCAGAAGAACAAGGAGAGCGUGCUGCGGUGGCAGGACUACUGGACGGGGGAGGGAAGCUCGCAGUCCUUCACCUGCUUCUUCAACCAGCAGCGCAGGCCGGAGGACGUGCUGUGGAAGCCGUCGGACAACGAGCGCGUGCUGCUGCACUGCAUCCUGUGGCCAAUCGUCAGCCUGCUGGUGGGCACGCUCAUCGUGCUCCUCACCAUCUGCGCCCGGAGCCUGGCCGUGCGCGCCGAGGCCCUGCAGAAGAGGAAGUUCUCCUAGGGGGCCAGCGGGUGGCGCCAGCGCGACCUCCCCUCCGCCAAAAAAAAAGCAGGGGGGGGCACCCUCAUUCACAGGGGGCCGCCUGCCCCGCCGCAGAGACGAAGGAGAUGGGUGAACGGACAACCCCCCCCUCCCCUGUCCGAACCUCUCCUCCCCUCCACCCCUACGCCUGAGCGAAAGGGGAAGGUGUCUCGCCGUCCGCCUCCGGUGGCGCACAUUGAUGACCUCACGCGGGCUGCUCCCUGUGCCGGGAAGCUUGCGAGAACGCGUCUCUCCGUCCGUCUGCUCGUCCUGUCCUGUGGCUUCUCGACACGUCCACCUUUCCGGUUCGGCCGCCGCACCGGGUACCCGGGAACUCGCCGGCGGACGGCCGAUCUCAUUUUUUAAACGUCGCCGUGUUGUAAUUAACCGCUGUCAUUUAAAUGCUGCCCCUGGCAACGACUGUAAGGAGGGCGGGGGAACCACUCGUUGCUACUGUGUUUUCUGUGCGCUCUCUCUCUCUGUCUCUCUCUCUCUCUCUCUCAUUCUCCUUGUCUGGGCAGUGUCUGGUCUCCAUGGUGAUUAGAUGUUUGUGUUCUGAUUUUUUUUCUCUCUCUCUCUCUCGGCUUUGCCGGGAAAAAAAAAAAAAACUGGAACGGCGUCAGAAACGCGUUGGCGGUUACUAUCGAGCAAGCCCACGUACGGUCGGUUCCAAACCGCGAUCGACCGCUCGAGGUCCCUGCUUCUACUGCAGGCAAACCGCUUUCAGCACGCUCUGUCCACAUGAGUCACGACUGUGUGAUUUAGCAACCACAUCCGAACGUAACGUGUAAAAUGUAUGUGAUAUGAGCAAGAGGAUUGGGUUUUAUGUUAAUCAUAUCGUGUUAAUGUGUGUUAUGGCUUAAAUAUGUAAUUCACCCCCCCCCCCGCGUGCCCCCCCGCUCUGGCUGACAAAUCUGCUGUUCUAGAAGGUGUUUGGAGAUUCUUUGUUAUUUAACGCGAAAUACAGGCGCCAGGAACAAGGUCCAAGCUGAAAAAAGUAAGUGUUAUUUGUUCAAAAGAAUCUGAUGUCUGACACCUCCCCUUGUUUGGAGAGCCUACUCACGGUCCCUGUAUUUAGGGGUGGCAGUUUGGUGACAAGCAGAAAGAUAUUCUGAUCAAUGUAGUGUAAUGAAAAAUGAGAACACCAAUGUAAAGUCAUUUAAUCAGACGCUGGGUCCCUAUGUAUAGCCAGUACGGCCUGCAAGCUCCAUGUUGUAGAGUCAGCCAGUAACUACAGUUCUGCAGGAUGAAUGUGGUUUUUCCCAUGAUUAAGCCUAUCAUUUGUCUGUAUAAUCCAUCGGUGAAUACAUUUUCUCUUGAAUUGUUUUACGCUGUAGCAGUCUCUUCAGUCAAGAGUGUAGCUCUCUAAAAGGCAAGAAGGAGUUUGAUCUAAUUAGUUAAAUAAACGUAAUCGUUUUGAAACGGGCUGCGCUGAAAGACAGUUCAAAUCUCCAUCCUCGCUUAAAUCUGGCAACGCAUUUACCCGCAGGUUCAAAAUAAGUGUGAAGAUUUGAGAAAAUGCCCCCACAGCCUCGAGGCACUGCGGAGGGGGAAGGUUCACGGGUUGGAAGCGGUGGUGACACGAUGGUAUUCGCUGGUUUUUGCAACCAAAACUGGCGUCGUUGCGCUAUCCCCAGCACAAUGGCGCUCCCUGCAGUUCAACUCACAACUGUUCCCUUCCAAUGGAAAUAAAUUAAUAAACCACUCGUCCAAUGGUGUUACAGUACAGCCAUCAGGUGACCAGAAGUUGGAUUCCAAGAGAUAUUUUUUGCGUCAGACUACCUGCCAAGUAGUGAAAGUGGUGUCCUAAGUCUCUAGUGCGCUACAUCCAAAUAUUGCGUGGUGAUCUCUGUACAGACUUGCACAGGUGUUUCUUUUCAGAUGAUAAAAAUAUAUUUUGUGGAAUGUGCCUUUCUUCUAUUCCAGAGCUGCCCAACCCUGUUCCUGAAGAUCUACUGUCCUGUCGGUUUUAACCGGCGCACCUGCACACCUAAUUAGCAGCUCAGUGAAAUCUCUAGCUCUUGUGUGUGGUGUCGCUUUGUUGGGGUUGAAGUGAAAGCCCACGGGAUGGUAGAUUUUUUCUGAAAUGACGCUGGGCAGCCCUGCUCUAUUCCAAUAUAUGAUAAGAUACAUACAGUAUCUUGUCAUAGAUUUAGAAUUUUUAUUUUAGUUUUUUUGUAGUCUAACAACAGUCUUAGACACCGCUGCUCGUGAAACACCAGUAAGUUUAUCCGUCUCGUUCACCGAAGCCCCCCCCCCACCCCCACCCCGUCUAUGAAAGUCACAGAGGUUUCUUCUUGCGCUCACACAAUCUGUAAUCACGGGAUGUCUGGCCCCUUCAGAAAUGUCACAUACAACUCUAUGCACACUAUUGGCUUUGUUUCCGGCCUGUUUCGUUUUGCUUGUCCCCUUUAUGUACCCAGGGGAAGGGAGCUUCCACCAUUUUGUGCACUACCUGCAGUUACUGUGCUUCUGAUUGGACGCCAGAGCAGGGCGGGUGCUCUUUCCCACUUAUACAUCUCCCUCUCUCUCCUGUAGUCUUUCGCUCACUCCCUCCGCUCCAGAACAGGCGCACUGCGUCUCCGCAUCUUUUACGAGUGAGAGGCUCACCGGCGAGUGUGCUGCCACGGUCAAGCGGAUGGGCUUGCGACCAAAUUGUUGCUGAAGCUGAAUCAGCAGUAGGGCGAUGUCCUUUUUGCAUGAGGCGCUUGGGCUGAAUUGCUCGUAUGAAAGGAUAACUGCUUUCAGCCUGUGGGCAGGGAUUGGGCAUCAGUCCUUCAAACCCCACCCCUCUUCAGCCUGUGGUUAGGGAUUGGUCUUCAGUUCUCCAAACCCCACCCCUUUUCAGCCUGUGGUUAGGGAUUGGUCGUCAGUCCUCCAAACCCCACCCCUCUUCAGCCUGUGGUUAAGACUUGUUCAUCAGUCCCCACCCCUCCUCCUCCAACAGUCAGUAAAGCACACUGGUCAACUAAGCGCAAAUACAACAGUUAUAGAAUUUGUUCGCCAUAUUCUCUACAGGACCCCCUUUCCUUCCACACACACACACACACACACACACACACUACUUGUCCAUACCUCCAAACCAGUUGUCCACCUGGUUCCUGUUGAUCGUCCUUUACAUAUUUGGAUUAAAAUAUUCCUCCAUUUUGAUGGAACACAAAUUGCACCGACAUCCACAGGAAUCACAAAGCUGAAUGUUAUUACACUGAACUGACACUGUGGUGAUUUUGUCUCCUGUUCAGAUUGGUUUUGAAAUCUGUUGACUUUCUAUGGCGGUAGACACAAUACCAAGAACUUUCUUUUGUGUUAUUAACACGACAAAAUUUCACAAUACGAUUAUUGAUUUAAUAUGUUAAAAGAGGCUACUUGUAGAAAAUAAACCCAAUGUGAUAAAAAAAAAACCUUUGUGUUACUGGUUUCACCUACACUGAAACCAGUAAUGGUCACUCCAAAGAUUUUCAGUUUUGAUUAAUAAUUAAAUUUUAUAGGCGUCAUACUGUCAUUUGAAUGUUGUCAUGUUUCAAGCUGAAAGUUUUAUUUGAUUAUUGUUCCUGAUUAAAUUUGAUAAAUGAAAUUGUCAUUUCUGAAUGUCAAUACUGAAUACUGAAAGUAAAUAUUUUGAGAUGAAUGUGGGUGUGAUUUAAUGAAAACUGGAUCUCUAAUUUAACUGCCAUUGCAAAAGUUGGAUUUUAGCAAGACAUUGUAUAUUUCAAUAUUAUUUUGCAAUGUUUAUUGAUUUAAUAAUAGCUUGUAAAACACUUGAAUAGGCCUAUGACAUGUUCACACAAAAUGAUUGUUGCAUCUAAAUAUGAACAUCCAGUUAUCAUUCUUCGAAUCACUCCUGAUACCAGCUAAAACUGAGACUUAAAACCUACUAAAGAUCUGAGGGUAAUUGAGGCAAUUCUUCGUCUUUACCCCAGAAACAAACACAUGUACACACACGCACACACACACACACACGCACACGCAUGCACACACACACACACACGCACACACACAUAUACACGCACACACACACGCAUGCACGCACACACACACACAGACGCACACACAUACACACACACACACACACAGCACAAGAUAAUCAUAGGUGAUCAGCAUUAGGGACCACUCUUGCUUAGAGAUUUCACUGUGCUAUUGCUUCUCAAAGUAGGAUGUAAUGAACCAUGUUAACCUUUUGUAGACUUGAGUUCUCUAAAGAACUCCAGUAUAUCAGUCCUAUGCGUUAAAAGCCAAUGUACGACUUAUGAAAGAAUAGUGCCUGGUAUAAAUCUUUAUUAAAAUAUAUGUAUUGUCUUCAAACAGAAAA